GAGAAUUCCCACUUUGAAAUGAAAUUUUACAAAGUGAAUAGGAAUCCAAAAGAAGGCGUGGUGGGAUACCGUCAGUUUGAGAGCAAGGGAAAGAAAUGCGUAAUAUUUUACAUCUUCUCUUCUGGCAGUAGAUUGGAGAACAAUGCUCGAUACAGAAUUCUUUGGUGCCGGCAGCUUGUUAAAGACCUGAGCAAGUUGUGUGUCUUUGCUCCAGAAGGGGAGACCAUCAAGGAUGCCUUAUGCAAAGAUGGCCGGUUUCAUUCUUGCCUGGAGGAAAAAGAGUGGAAGUUGGUGGAGUACGGAUAGUGCAGAACUAGCUAUCACUGUGUUGAUAAUCUAGCUAACAGGUCAUUUGAGGUGGUGGUUAAAACUAAGCAACCUUUCAAGGCCAGGGAUUGUUCAAGGAAUGACCAAUCCUGCAUGGCCUCCGAGGAGGGGCAGGGGAAGACUUACCAUUACUUUAAACAUAUUAUCCUGGACCUGUAUCCUGACUUGAAGAAACAAAGUACAGUCAUUGACGAGCUCUUUGCAAAAGCCUUUGCAAAAGCCUGGGAGGAAGGGAAAUCGAAACGUGCUGUGUUCAAACUGUACAGGGAGAACUUUGGGAAGGAGACUAAGAACUCCAUUCUUAUUAAGGUGCACAAACGCCUUGGUGUUCUCAGUGACUCUGUGGGGUUUAUAGAGUGGGCCAAUAAUGGAAAUAAUGGCUCUGCCACUUGUUUUAUCUUGCAUGAUAAGUACAUACUCACCUGUCAUCAUGUGGUAGGGCAUAUUGUUGGUAAAGGAGUGGAGGAGAAGGACUGGGCGUCGAUAAUCAGUCGCUCUGCCCGUGUGACUUUCUCUUAUGAAGAUAAAUACCCAAAGGAAAACAGCUGGUUUUCGCUAGCUCCUUGGUUUGAAAUAUCUGACAAGAAUCUUGAUUUUGCUGUCCUGAAACUGGAAGGAGAUAGAAGCUCAUUACCAGCAGGCCUAGUGCGAUUUUCUCAACCAUUGCCAUUUAAUGGUCUAAUCUAUAUAAUUGGCCACCCGGAUGGGCAAGCGAAAUCUGCAGAUGGCUGUACUGUGGUCCCUGUAUUUGAGCGGAAACGGGAGUGCCAUUGUCGUAUCCAGCGUGGUCAGAAGGUGUGCAACAGUGUCAGUUGUGGCUCAGAGGACAGGCAGUGCAUUCACAUGUUCACCUAAAGAAGUUUCCAGGAGGUGAUCAACAAUCCCAAUGUAGUCACCUAUGACACCAGCUUCUUCUUCGGGUCUUCUGGCUCACCGGUGUUCAAUGCAGAUGGCCAGCUGGUGGCCAUGCACACCGCUGGUUAUAAAUAUGAAAAGAAUAAGCAGCUGCACAGUAUUGUUGAGUUUGGCUUUUCCAUGGUGGCCAUCCUUGCAGCAAUUAAAAAGAAGUAUAAAGCCUGGUAUGAGUUUGAGCUCCCCUCCCUUGGGGAAGAUGCUAGGUCUUGUCCUGGUGAGCAUGAGGAUUUCACCAGUGCUUACACCAAUGACAUAGAAAUGGAGAACUUGGAAUAAAAUCUCCAACUUUGAGAGCCUCCCGAACGCACUCAGUGCAUUUCACCCUUCAUGUUGAUCUCCAUGCUUUGAAGUCGCCAUUAUUCCUGACAUGAACUUUCUUUGGUUGAUGAUUUCCUAUCAACUGCAAUCUAGUUAUAUCCCUGUCUGCUUUCAUUAUUUUUAUUGAAAUGCCUAGUGACAAACCUUGAAAUAACUUUUUAUUUUUAAUGAAAGGUGGUUAGUGUGAUGGGGUCAGUACCUUGAGUGUGGGAUUCUUUCAUAAGAAAUGCAUAAUCUUUGGACUUAGAAAGGCUGAGCUAGAGGAAGGAGUGGUUUUACAAAUAUCAACCAUUAUUAAAAUAUAAUGAUAAUAAAUAUAAAGACAAAUUAUAUAAAUAUGUAAUACAUACAAAUAUUCUG